AAGGAGCCACCCAUCCAGCUGCAGCAGCACCCUUCCAACACUGCCAGAUGUGCCUUCAGGUUGUGCUGCACCUGCAACCCAUUCUGGAGAUCCUUCCCUGCCUCCUGCACUGCUGACCACCAGCUCCACGGGAUCCCUGACCUGGCCCUGCAGGUCUUCCAACGGCUCGUGCGUGGACUGCUGGGUUCCCCCCCACGCUCAGCAUGCCCUUUUCUGGUGCAGCCAGACCUUCCCAGGAAUCAUUCUGGAGCUCAAGGCCAUCCUGUAGGGUAAGGGCAUCUAACAUCCUGCUGCUACUACAUUGCAUUUCCCUCACUCGUCUGUGUCUGACCUCUGUUUGCAACACUGCAGCAGCUUGUGUGAGUGAAUGAGAAUUCUGCGUCCUGUAGAUCUCUGCAGAUACAUCUCUCAGGUGAUCCCACCAAGGUGCUGCCUGUGCCGGGGCUGCUCUCCCAGCUAACGCACGUCUCCUGUCCCCUGGUAGGAAAUGGAGUCCAAGGUCUCCGAAGGCGGCCUCAACGUCACCCUCACCAUCCGGCUGCUGAUGCAUGGCAAGGAAGUUGGAAGCAUCAUUGGGAAGAAAGGAGAGACUGUGAAGAAGAUGCGUGAGGAGAGUGGGGCAAGGAUCAACAUCUCGGAGGGGAACUGCCCUGAGCGGAUUGUGACCAUCACUGGCCCCACUGAUGCCAUCUUCAAGGCUUUUGCCAUGAUCGCCUACAAAUUUGAGGAGGACAUAACCAACUCCAUGAGCAACAGCACCGCUACCAGCAAACCUCCGGUGACACUGCGGCUGGUGGUGCCAGCAAGUCAGUGCGGCUCCCUCAUCGGCAAGGGGGGCUCCAAGAUCAAGGAAAUCCGAGAGUCCACAGGUGCUCAGGUCCAAGUGGCGGGGGACAUGCUGCCCAACUCCACGGAGCGGGCGGUGACAAUCUCGGGGACACCCGACGCAAUUAUCCAGUGUGUCAAACAGAUCUGUGUGGUGAUGCUGGAGUCCCCACCAAAAGGUGCCACCAUUCCCUACCGCCCAAAGCCCGCCUCCACCCCUGUCAUUUUUGCAGGUGGUCAGGCCUAUACAAUUCAGGGACAAUAUGCUAUUCCACACCCAGAUCAGUUGACCAAGCUCCACCAGUUGGCUAUGCAGCAAACCCCCUUUACUCCCCUUGGACAGACCACCCCCGCUUUCCCUGGAGAAAAGCUGCCCUUACAUUCCUCCGAAGAAGCUCAAAAUCUGAUGGGCCAGUCAUCAGGUUUGGAUGCCAGUCCCCCGGCCAGUACUCAUGAACUCACCAUUCCCAAUGAUCUAAUAGGCUGCAUAAUUGGACGCCAAGGGACCAAAAUCAAUGAAAUUCGGCAGAUGUCAGGAGCGCAGAUCAAAAUUGCGAACGCCACGGAAGGGUCAUCGGAGCGCCAAAUUACCAUCACAGGAACCCCUGCAAACAUCAGCCUUGCACAGUACCUCAUCAACGCCAGCUCUGCAGAUCCUGACCCCCACGGGAGGAACACCUUCACCGCCUGACCUGGUGCCAGUGGCUGAUGCUUGAGCCCCCUCCGAAGAUGCUGCCAGCUUCCUGCGAGCUUCUCCCGCUCAUUCGUGGCACCCUUGGGGCAACUGCCUGAACCCCCCACCCCUGGCUGCCCAGACCCUGCUCCCUCAGCUGGGGCACGGGGCAGCAGCAGGCUCGGGGGGCUGGGGCAGCAGGUCUCAGAACGACAGCAGCUUGCAGCCAGUGUGCAACGGUACCCACUGCGAGCCAGUGCUUCCACCACCCUUAUCUGCGCUUCCUCACGCCCCUCACACCCCUGCCGCUUUGCGAUGUAUUUCGUGGCUUAUCCCUGUCAUUGCAAUAAAGCUUUUGCUGCUU